CGUCAGUUCUGCUGGAUCUCUUGAAUUGUUCAGUUCGUCACAAUGCAUGCUUGGGCAAGUUAUUUGCUGCUAGUGCUAGUUCACGUAGUUUACUCAGAAGAAGUAACCAACAAACUACCGGCACCGGGAAAAUGUGGUACCAUGGUCACUGAUAGGAUAUACGGCGGAAACCGAACGAAUAUCGAUGCUUAUCCAUGGACAGUGAAUUUGAUUUUUCGAGAGUCAAGGCGGGAUGCCGAUCUGUUUCACUGCGGAGGAAGCUUGAUCUCAGAGAAUUACGUCCUUACGGCUGCACAUUGUCUCGAUGGACUCACUGAUGAUUACAGACUAGAUCGCAUCCGUUUGGGAGAGUGGGAUCUACUAAGUGAACAGGACUGCGACUCAGAGUCCAUCUGCUCCGAUCCACCGUUGGAUGUUGGAAUUGAAAGUAUGGUCAGUCACGAAGGGUUCGACAAAUUGACGCUAGUUAACGAUGUUGCGUUGAUAAAGUUAAACCAUAGUGUAAACUUUACGGAAUUCGUAUCGCCAGUUUGCUUGCCACUUUCGGAAACUGCAAAAGCCCUGGACACCGACGAUACGAGAUUCAUUGCUGUUGGCUGGGGAAACACGGAACAUAAAAAUGGAACAUACGAAUAUGGAAGUCGCUACAAAUUGUUUGUUCCGUUGAAAGGUGUUUCCAAUGUCAUUUGUGAUGGAGCCUAUGAUGAAGAUAUUAUUUCAUCGCAAUUAUGUGCGGGAGCGGAAAAGGGCAAGGAUACUUGUCAAGGUGACUCCGGCGGUGGCUUAGUAGCUGCUGUUGAUGGUGUUUACUACGCGUACGGCAUUGUAAGCUGGGGGUACGGUUGCGGACGGCAAGGUGUACCCGGAGUGUACACUCGAGUAACGAGCUUUAUGGACUGGAUUUUAAAGCAUUUAACAUAAAAAAAUGGUUUGCGCGAACGAAAAUUUUUGUUGAAAUUAUUCCGUGCAUCAAUUAAAAAUGUCAAAUUAAGCUUCAAAUUAAAAAUAAAUUUUCGUGUAAUCUCCUCGAAUAGUUACAUGUACAUGUAGGUACAUGGCCAGACUCAAGGUGUCAUGUUUUACCGAGAAUGGAUUAAAUUAAAUAUUUGGCUUUUUUCGCCGGUAUAAGAGCUUUACAAAUCUAUUUCCUUUUAAAGGACUAAUUAUACGAUGUGAAUAUUGCAUUGCUAAUCAAAUAGAAUAAAACCAUAAUAUAUUUGAGAUU